UGGCCGGAGGAGAAAUGGAAGGGCGGAGGAAAAAUGGCAGGACGGGUGAGGUGUCUCAAGUGGCCGGCUUUGAUGUAAAACAAGCAAAAAACUAAACUGAAACACAUAAGCAACAAUGACUCUUCCACGCCGUACCGUUGGAGGAUUCAGGCAACUCGGUGGAUACUUUCUUCGUCUUCUUCUUCCUCACAUUCUCUCUUGUUUCUGGCUUGCACUCUUUCUCUGUUGGAGAACAGCAGGUGGAUGUGAAGAGGAGUCGCGACUACCUCGAGUAGCUUCCUUUUGGGUUUAAUGGUGGGGGGAGGAGGAGGUGGUGAGUGGAGGGACCUCAACCGGACGCCGACAUGGGCAGUGGCGGUCGUCAGCGCGGUCAUCAUCCUCAUCUCUUUCUUCCUUGAGAAGCUUCUCUUUCGACUUGGGCAGUGGUUCAGAGCUAAGCACAAAACGGCUCUGUUUGAUGCCCUUGAGAAGAUUAAGUCAGAGUUGAUGGUUCUUGGCUUUAUUUCCUUGCUGCUGACUUUUGGACAAAACUACAUUGCAAAAAUCUGCAUACCUGUUGGUGUGGCAAACACCAUGCUUCCAUGCCGCCUUGAUAAUGGCAACGAGGAGAAAGAAAACAGGAGAAGGCUUUUAUUGAAUUAUUUUGGAGAUUCAGCACCUACACGGAGGUCCCUUGCCGAAUCUACGGUUACCACAUGUCCCCGUGGGAAAGUCUCAUUUGUUUCAAUAAAUGGAUUGCAUCAGUUACAUAUCUUCAUAUUUUUCCUGGCAGUCUUUCAUGUUUUAUGUAGUGCUCUAACAAUGGCUAUGGGAAGAAUGAAGUGGGGUUUUGUGCAGAUUCGCAGAUGGAAGAAGUGGGAAAUGGAGACCCAAUCCCUGAACUAUGAGUUCUCUCAUGAUCCUUCAAGAUUCAGAUUAGUCCGUGAGACAUCCUUUGUUAAAGAACACACAACUUUGUGGGACAGGCAUCCCAUUCUGGUUUAUUUUGUUUGUUUCUUCCAUCAAUUUUUUAGAUCUGUUCGAAAAGCAGAUUACCUUACUCUACGUCAUGGUUUCAUCAACGUCCAUUUGGCUUCCGGAAGCAAAUUUAAUUUCCGAAAAUAUAUACAAAGGUCACUGGAAGACGACUUCAAGGUAGUAGUUGGAAUCAGUCCUCUCCUGUGGGCUUCUGCUGUUGUUUUCUUACUGCUUAAUGUUCACGGAUGGAAAGAACUAUUCUGGUUGUCACUACUUCCCCCAAUUAUUCUCUUGGCUAUUGGGACAGAUCUACAGGCUAUAAUUGCUAAGAUGGCAAUUGAAAUAAAAGAAAGACAUGCUGUUGUUCAAGGAAUUCCUUUGGUUCAACUAAGUGAUAAUCAUUUUUGGUUUAAGAAUCCCGGCUUGAUUCUCUUUUUAAUACAUUUCACAUCGUUUAUGAAUGCAUUCCAAUUAACGUACUUCUUCUGGAUCUGGUUUGACUACGGCUUGAGAUCAUGCUUCCAUCAAAAUUUCAGGUUAAUCAUCACACGGGUCGUGCUUGGGGUGAUUGUCCAAUUCAUGUGCUGCUACGUUACUCUUCCUCUUUAUGCACUUGUAUCUCAGAUGGGAUCACACAUGAAGAGGUCCAUUUUCGAUGAGCAGACUAAUCAGGCUCUGAAGAGAUGGCACCAAGCUGUAAGAAAGCGUCACAAGAAGGGAUCGUCUUCCCGUUCCCCCACCAUAAGUGCAACCUCAACUCCAUUAACAAGCCCUAGUUCAUCCCCCAUUCACCUUCUUCAUCGUUACAUCGACACGGGCUACUCUGAUAUGAUGCAAACAAGAUACUAUUCAGACAAGGAAAUUGAAAGCCCUGUAAUGAAGAAACGCGCAAAGAAUUUCACAAUUGAAGAUAACUUGUAUGCAGAGAUUGAUUCUAUCACAGCCACCAACCAGAUGCCAGAAAUCAUCAAGCACAGUGUAGUGGAAAUCAAUGCAGCUGAACUUUGUCAGCAGGGAGAGGAAGAGCAGAGGGAUGAAGAGUUCAGUUUUGUUAAGCCUUCAACAGAUUCUAAAGAACAAUCACAAGAUCUUCCUUGAAUCCACAAUCCCAACUGCACUGCAUAGUAUUCUUUUAGUUCAUUUCAAAUCACUGUUCAUAACAAACUUUGAAAAUAAAUUUAAAAUAAAUUAGUGUAUGUCUUAUGAAAUUUUCUACAUAUUUCAAAAAAUCUAUUAUAAGAAAGCAUGAUAUUAUUCCAAUCUUUAGUUCAGCAUGUUUUUGCAUGUUUAGUUCAGCAUGUUUUUGCAUGCAGAGAAAUUUAUAAGAAAGCAUGAUAUUAUUCCAAAUGAAUGGCUGC